AUGUAUCGAGUUUUGUUGAGCGGCGCUGCUGGAAGUGGAAAAGGCACAAUUGCUCGAAUGUUGGUCAGAGAAUUUGAGCCGAUGGGUUUUCAGUAUUUUGCAGCUGGUGAUUUUAUUCGUGAACAUAUUGCUAGAGGAACUGGUGAGGCUUUUUAUUUAGAUUUCCAUGAAAAAUCAAGAAUUUUCUUCAGAAUUCGGAAUUCGCGCUCAAUCCUUCCUUAACAAAGGCGAACAUGUGCCAGAAUCUUUGUUGAAUGGGGCGAUUUUGGCGGAAAUGUUGAAGGCUGGUCCAAAAGUUGUUUUGGAUGGUGAGAUUCAUGGGGAAAGGGUUGAAAUCUGGUGAAAAAUGAUGCAAUUUUGGAGUUUUCAUGAAAAAUCGAUGGAAAAAUGUAAUUUUCCAGUUUUUUCUGUCAAAUUUUCGAAAAAUCCAUGUUUUCACAGCUAAAAUGAUGCAAUUUUAAACUGUAUAAACAAGAUUUUCAUCGAAAACUGUGAAAGUUAGCCUAACUCAUCCUUUAUGACAUGAAAACCUCGGAAAACUUGGAAAUUGCAUCAUUUUUAGCUAAAUGUACCGAUUUUUGAAAAGUUGUCAAUUUUUAGCUUCAAAAUUACAUGAUAAUGCUCAAAAUUGCACAAAAAUACUCGAAAUUACUUGAAAAACAUAGAAUAUUCCCUCAAAAAACCCUAUUUUCCAGGUUAUCCACGAAAUUUGAGUCAAUUAAAAAUGGUCGAAGAGCAAGCUCCACUAAAUUUGGUUGUUGAGCUGAAAGUUCCGCGAAAAAUAUUGAUUGAUCGAUUAUCGAAACAAUUAGUGCAUCCAGCAUCGGGUAGAGCUUAUAAUUUGGAAGUCAAUCCGCCGAAAGAAGAGGUAGGGAUGGAAAUUUGGGAUUUUUUGAGACUAAAUAUGGAUGGGGUUGAAAAUUCUGGAUUUUCAGUCGAAAUUUCUGAAAAUUUAUCAUCUGGAACAUCUGGCUGAAAAUUUUAUAUUACUUAAAAAUCUGAAAUUUUCAGCUAAAAACCAGAUGUGUUCGAAAUUUUAUUGAAAAACUUUGAAAAUCCUAAAUUAAGCAUUGCUCAUGUUAAUUUUAUUGUCACCACAAUUCCUUUCCUUCAAAUUAAACAUAGGCGCUGCUUGAAAAGUGGGCGCUGCUUAUUUUUCUCUGCACUCUCUCAAAAUAAUACAUAGGCGCUGCUUAUUUUUCAAAAGUGGGCGGGGCUUAUUUGGGCGCUGCUUAUUCAUUUUCCAAUGCAAAAAGUGGGCGCUGCUUAUUUUUCUCUGCACCCUCUCAAGUUUAUACAUAGGCGCUGCUUAUUUUUUAAGAAAAAGUGGGCGCUGCUAAUCUAAUUUUGCCACGUCAUAACUCAAAAUUUCUGAUUUUCAGGGCAAAGACGAUAUCACUGGUGAGCCAUUAUUCAAGAGAAGUGUUGAUCAACUUGAAGUAGCCAGAAGACGUCUCGAAGUUUAUGACAAAACUGAAAAUAAAGUGUUGGAUUAUUAUAAGUGAGUUUUUUUUGGAGGGAAGAUGAUUGCUCAUAUUAAGAUAAGAAAAAGCAAGCAUUGCUCAUAUUAACCCCUAUUUUCCAGAAAACAAAACAAAUGUCUCACAUUGUCGGGCGAGUCAUCAAAAGCCGUCUUCGAAGCUGUCAGCGAUGUGAUGCGCCGUGAUUUGACCGCGACGCCCAGCCGCUCCGCAUACGCAUAA